GUGAAAGAAACCCGAUUUUUUUUCCCCAGUGAGAAACAUCCGGGGAUUUUGCUCCAAACCCGGGCAACUAUUAAUUCUAAUCUUAGAAUGUUGGGCUGCCACCUGAUUCUGAAAUCGCCUAGUCUACGGAAGGGCUAAGAGGGUGUGGUUGAAUGAAGGAGUGAGUGAAUGAAUGAAUGAACGGACGCGGUUAGACCUCCAUUUUGUGGGUGAGCUCAUGGAGGCUUCACGUUCAAAGUCCGGCUAGCGGCUGGUGAGACGCAUCAGGGUGUAAAGGCGCUUGCGGCCAACCCUUCCGUGGUGGAAGGCAAGAACAGACUCCAGGAAGCAAGCAGUCCUGGCCUCCACAGAUGCGCCGUGCACGCACGCGUCCUGCCCCAGUAAACACAUCAAAAACGAAGGUUGUGCCGGGCGGCGGCGGCGCACGCCUUUAACCCCAGCACAGAGGAAGGAGGGUCUUGAGUUCGAGGCCAACCUGGUCUACAGAUGACCUCUAGGCUUGCCAGGCCUCCCAAAGUGUGAGCCGGUCUCAAAUAAAUAUUUAAGAUUCCUUGGGGCGAGGAGACAGAGGCGUCUCCUGCAGGGGGAGCGGCCUUCUUGAGGUGUGAACUCAAAGGGGGGGGUGCCCCGUGGUCCCCGACGCGGUGCGUCCCCGGGAAACCAACGUGGUGCGGCCAGAAGCGGUCCCUUUAAGAAACCCGGCUCGGCGCGCCCAGGCCGUGGUCCCGCCCCCUCCCGUGGCAAAGACCCGCGAGUGGCAGGAGCAUUGUCCAAUAGCAGCGCUGGGGGCGGGGCCGAGUGCAGCCCGGGGCCGCGGGUUGCGAAGGGCGUCGUCCGCAGUGGAGGGGGCUCCUCUUAAAGGGGCCGCGCUCCCCCGCCGAUGCCGGGCGGAGCGACGGUGGACGGAGUCUGGGGGGCUCAGAACGAGUCAUCAUGGCCUUCUGCACACAGCUGAUGCUCCUCCUGUGGAAAAAUUACACAUAUCGAAGGAGACAGCCGAUCCAGCUCCUAGUGGAGUUACUGUGGCCCCUCUUCCUCUUCUUCAUCCUGGUGACCGUCCGCCACUCCCACCCACCGCUGGAGCACCACGAAUGCCACUUUCCAAACAAGCCGCUACCAUCCGCGGGCACCGUGCCCUGGCUGCAGGGCCUUAUCUGCAAUGUCAACAACUCCUGUUUCCAGCAGCCAACGCCUGGCGAGAAGCCGGGGGUCCUGAGCAACUUUAAGGAUUCCCUGAUCUCCAGACUCCUUGCCGAUGCUCGAGCAGUGCUGGGGGGGCGCAGCACCCAGGAGAUGCUGGCGGCGCUGGGGAAACUGAUGCCCCUGCUCAGAGCGGCGGGAGGUGGAGCCUGGCCGCAAGAGAGUCAUCCACUGAACAAGCAAGCGUCAGUGACCACUGAGCUCAAAAAGAUCCUGCAAGGGGCGUCCCUGGAGCCUGUGCUGGGUCAAGCCCAGGAUUCCAUGAGGAAGUUCUUGGAUACCACCAGGGACCUUACCCAGGAGCUCCUGACGCUGCCCAGCCUGCUGGAGCUCCGAGCGUUGCUGCGGAGGCCCCGAGGGUCAACCGGCUCGCUGGAGCUGCUUUCAGAGGCCCUCUGCAGCACCAAGGGGCCCGGCAGCCCAGGGGGCCUCUCCCUCAACUGGUACGAUGCCAGCCAGCUCAACGAGAUCGUGGGGCCGGAGCUGGCCCCUGCCCUGCCCGACAGCAGCCUCAGCCCUGCCUGCUCCCAGUUCAUGGGGGCGCUGGAUGACCAUCCCGUGUCGCGACUGCUCUGGAGGCGCCUGAAGCCGUUGAUCCUCGGGAAAAUUCUCUUUGCCCCUGACACAAACUUCACUCGGAAGCUCAUGGCGCAGGUGAACCGCACCUUCGAGGAAAUGGCUCUGUUGAGGGACCUACAAGAGGUCUGGGGGGUGCUGGGACCCCAGAUCUUCAACUUCAUGAAUGACAGUGCCAACACGGCCAUGCUUCAGAGACUGCUGGAGGUGGAGGGCUCAGGGCAGAGGCAGCAGACACCCAGAGGCCAGAAGCAGCUGGCUGCCCUCCGAGAUUUUCUGGACCCCAGUAGGGGUGGCUACAGCUGGCGGGAGGCCUACGCGGACAUAGGGCGCCUGGCAGGAAUCCUGGGCCAGAUCAUGGAGUGUGUGUCCCUAGACAAGCUGGAGGCUGUGCCCUCCGAGGGAGCUCUUGUGUCCCGUGCCCUGGAGCUGCUGGGUGAGCGCCGCCUCUGGGCGGGCAUCGUCUUCUUGAGCCCUGAGGACCCUCUGGACCCAUCGGAGCUGUGGUCUCCAGCCCUGGGUCCUGGCCACCUGCGAUUCAAGAUCCGAAUGGAUAUCGAUGACGUCACAAGGACCAACAAGAUCAGGGACAAGUUUUGGGACCCAGGGCCAUCUGCAGACCCUUUCAUGGACCUUCGAUAUGUGUGGGGUGGCUUCGUGUACCUGCAGGACCUGCUGGAGCAGGCGGCUGUGCGUGUGCUGAGUGGAGGGGACGCCCGCACCAGCCUCUAUCUGCAGCAGAUGCCGCACCCCUGCUACGUGGAUGACGUGUUCCUGCGCGUGCUCAGCCGGUCUCUGCCCCUGUUUCUGACUCUGGCCUGGAUCUAUUCGGUGGCGCUCACCGUGAAGGCCGUGGUGCGGGAGAAAGAGACGAGGCUGCGGGAAACCAUGCGAGCCAUGGGGCUGAGCCGCGCCGUGCUCUGGCUGGGCUGGUUCCUCAGCUGCCUGGGACCCUUCCUGGUCAGCACGGCGCUGCUGGUGUUAGUGCUCAAGCUAGGGAGCAUCCUUCCUUACAGCCACCCGGCUGUCCUCUUCUUCUUCUUGGCGGCCUUCGCGGUGGCCACCGUGGCUCAGAGUUUUCUGCUCAGCGCCUUCUUCUCCAGGGCCAACCUGGCAGCUGCCUGUGGGGGCCUCCUCUACUUCUCCCUCUACCUGCCCUACGUGCUGUGUGUCGCCUGGCGUGAGCGCCUGCCCCUAGGCGGCCUUGUCGCCGCGAGCUUGCUGUCCCCCGUGGCCUUCGGCUUCGGAUGUGAAAGCCUGGCGCUGCUGGAGGAGCAGGGGGAUGGGGCGCAGUGGCACAAUUUGGGCAGGGCCCCUGCGGAGGAUGUCUUCAGCCUGGCGCAGGUGUCUGCCUUCCUGUUGCUGGACGCCGCCAUCUAUGGCCUCGCCCUCUGGUACCUGGAGGCCGUCUGCCCAGGCCAAUAUGGGAUCCCUGAGCCAUGGGAUUUCCCCUUUCGGAGGAGCUACUGGUGUGGGCCUGGAUCUCCCCGGAGUUCUGUCUUGGCCCCUGCCCCACAAGAUGCCAAGGUUCUGUUGGAAGAACCACCACCUGGCCUCAUUCCCGGUGUCUCCAUCCGUGGCCUGAAGAAGCAUUUUCGUGGCUGUCCGCAGCCAGCCCUCCGAGGACUCAGCCUUGACUUCUACCAAGGCCACAUCACUGCCUUUUUGGGUCACAACGGGGCUGGCAAGACAACUACACUGUCCAUCUUGAGUGGUCUUUUCCCACCCAGUGGUGGCUCGGCCUCCAUCCUGGGCCAUGAUGUGCAAACCGACAUGGCAGCCAUCCGGCCCCACCUGGGCAUCUGCCCACAGUACAAUGUGCUGUUUGACAUGCUGACGGUGGAUGAGCAUGUGUGGUUCUACGGCCGUUUGAAAGGCGUGAGCGCAGCUGCCGUGAGCUCUGAGCAGGAACGUCUGAUACGGGAUGUGGGGCUCGUCCCCAAGCGGGACGCACAGACGCGCCACCUCUCCGGUGGGAUGCAGCGGAAACUGUCUGUGGCCAUUGCCUUUGUGGGUGGCUCCCGGGUAGUCAUCCUGGAUGAGCCCACUGCUGGUGUGGACCCCGCUUCUCGACGUGGCAUUUGGGAAUUACUGCUGAAGUACAGGGGGGAUCGCACACUGAUCCUCUCCACUCACCACCUGGAUGAGGCGGAGCUCCUGGGAGACCGCGUGGCCAUGGUGGCGAACGGCUCUUUGUGCUGCUGUGGGUCCCCGCUUUUCUUGCGUCGACACUUGGGCUGCGGUUACUACCUGACGCUGGUGAAGAGUCCUCAGGCCCUCAACACCCAGGACUCGGAGGGAGACAGCGGGGACCCCAGACGGAAGCAGAAACCAGGCAGCGAGGGCAACGUGGCCGGGACAACUCUCACCCAAGGAGCCUCGGACGGGAGCGGCCAGGCCCCAGCUCCCGAUGCGGCCUCCAUCACCCCGAGGACACCCCGGAUACUAGACCUAGUGCGGCGCCAUGUUCCUGGAGCUCAGCUGGCGGAGGAGCUGCCCCAUGAGCUGGUGCUGGCGCUGCCCUAUGCGGGUGCCCUGGAUGGCAGCUUUGCCAUGGUCUUCCAAGAGCUGGAUCGGCAACUGGAGGCUCUGGGACUCACCGGCUAUGGGAUCUCGGACACCAACCUGGAGGAGAUCUUCCUAAAGGUGGUGGAGGAUGCACACAGAGAAGGAAGCAAGACCCUGUCCCCCACCCUGAACCCCGCUGGCUCCACAGGAGGUGACUCCGGACAGCAGCACCUGCACCCCCCCACGGCCACUCUGCAGCCCCACACGGGGCCAGAGGCGUCAGCCCUGGAGAACGGGGAGCUGGCUAGGUUGAUGCUGGAUCCCCAGGCCCCGCAGGGCUCCACACCCGGCGGUGGCGAUGCUGCUCCCGUGCAAGGCUGGACACUGACCUGCCAACAGCUCCGGGCUCUGCUCCACAAGCGUUUCCUGCUUGCCCGCCGCAGCCGCCGGGGCCUGUUUGCACAGAUUGUGCUGCCUGCUCUCUUCGUGGGCCUGGCCCUGCUCUUCAGCCUUAUCGUCCCUCCGUUCGGCCAGUACCCGCCCCUGCAGCUCAGCCCCGCUAUGUACGGCCCCCAGGUCUCCUUCUUCAGUGAGGACGCCCCUGGGGACCCCAACCGGGUGAAGCUGCUGGAGGCGCUGCUGGGCCAGGCCGGGCUGCAGGUCCCCAGUCUGCAGGGCGCAGCUGCCAGAGGAUCCGAGUGCGCACACUCCUUGGCCUGCUACUUCUCGGUCCCCGAGGUCCCUGCAGAUGUGGCCGGCAUCCUGGCCAGUGGUAACUGGACUCCAGAGUCUCCGUCCCCAGCAUGCCAAUGCAGCCAGCCUGGAGCCCGCCGCCUGCUGCCAGACUGCCCGGCCGGAGCUGGGGGUCCACCGCCACCCCAGGCCAUGGCUGGCUUGGGGGAGGUGAUCCAGAAUCUCACUGGCCGAAAUGUGUCUGACUUCCUGGUGAAGACUUACCCCAGCCUGGUGCGCCGGGGCCUGAAGACUAAGAAGUGGGUGGAUGAGGUCAGAUACGGGGGCUUCUCCCUGGGAGGCCGAGACCCAGACCUGCCCUCAGGGCAUGAGGUGGUCCGCACAGUGGCAGAGAUGCGGGCGCUGCUGAGCCCCCAGCCUGGCAAUGCCCUAGACCGCAUCCUGAACAACCUCACUCAGUGGGCCCUUGGCCUUGACGCCCACAACAGCCUUAAGAUCUGGUUCAACAACAAGGGCUGGCAUGCCAUGGUGGCCUUUGUGAACCGAGCCAACAAUGGACUCCUACAUGCCCUCCUGCCGUCUGGCACGGCCCGCCAUGCCCACAGCAUCACUACGCUCAACCACCCUUUGAACCUGACCAAGGAGCAGCUGUCUGAGGCAGCGCUGGUGGCCUCCUCAGUGGAUGUCCUUGUCUCCAUAUGUGUGGUCUUCGCCAUGUCCUUUGUCCCAGCCAGCUUCACCCUGGUCCUCAUCGAGGAACGUGUCACCAGAGCCAAACACCUGCAGCUGGUCAGCGGCCUGCCUCAAACCCUCUACUGGCUUGGCAAUUUCCUCUGGGACAUGUGUAAUUACUUGGUGGCAGUGUGCAUAGUGGUGCUCAUCUUCCUGGCCUUUCAGCAGAGGGCCUACGUGGCGCCGGAGAACCUGCCCGCCCUCUUACUCUUGCUGCUGCUGUAUGGCUGGUCCAUCACACCUCUAAUGUACCCUGCCUCCUUCUUCUUCUCCGUGCCCAGCACGGCCUAUGUGGUACUCACCUGCAUUAACCUCUUCAUUGGCAUCAACAGCAGCAUGGCCACCUUUGUGCUGGAACUGCUUUCAGAUCAGAACUUGCAAGAAGUAAGCCGGAUUCUGAAGCAAGUGUUUCUUAUCUUCCCCCACUUCUGCCUGGGCCGAGGACUUAUCGACAUGGUGCGGAACCAGGCCAUGGCAGAUGCCUUUGAGCGCUUGGGAGACAAACAAUUCCAGUCACCCCUACGCUGGGACAUUGUCGGCAAGAACCUUCUGGCCAUGGUGGCCCAGGGACCCCUGUUCCUGCUCAUCACACUCCUGCUCCAGCACCGCAGUCACCUCCUGCCACAACCCAAACCGGGACCGCUGCCGCCCCUGGAUGAGGAGGAUGAGGAUGUAGCUCGAGAGCGGGAGCGUGUGACCAAGGGGGCCACCAAGGGGGACGUGCUGGUCCUCCGGGACUUGACUAAGGUGUACCGUGGACAGAAGAGUCCGGCUGUGGAUCGCCUGUGCCUGGGGAUCCCCCCUGGGGAGUGCUUUGGGCUGCUGGGCGUCAAUGGGGCAGGGAAGACGUCCACCUUCCGCAUGGUGACAGGGGACACACUGCCCAGCAGCGGUGAAGCAGUGUUGGCAGGACACAGCGUGGCCCGGGAUCCAGCUGCCGCACACCGCAGCAUGGGCUACUGUCCCCAGUCUGACGCCAUCUUCGACCUGCUGACGGGCCGGGAACACCUGGAGUUGUUUGCGCACCUGCGCGGGGUGCCCAAGGCCCAGGUUGCCCAGACAGCGCUCUCGGGCCUGGUGCGCCUGGGCCUUCGCAACUACGCGGACCGACCCGCGGGCACCUACAGCGGAGGGAACAAGCGGAAGCUGGCCACAGCCCUGGCUCUGGUUGGGGACCCAGCAGUGGUCUUUCUGGACGAGCCCACCACAGGCAUGGACCCAAGUGCACGGCGGUUUCUGUGGAACAGCUUGCUGUCGGUGGUGCGCGAGGGCCGCUCCGUGGUGCUCACCUCGCACAGCAUGGAGGAGUGCGAAGCGCUCUGCACGCGCCUGGCCGUCAUGGUGAACGGGCGGUUCCGAUGUCUGGGAAGCGCCCAGCAUCUCAAAGGCCGGUUCGGGGCUGGCCACACACUGACCCUCAGGGUCCCACCGGCUCAGCCCGAACCGGCGAUAACCUUCAUCAUGGCCACCUUCCCGGGUGCUGAGCUCCGGGAGGUGCAUGGCAGCCGCCUGCGAUUCCAGCUGCCACUCGGGGGCAGCUGCACCUUGGCACGCGUGUUCCGCGAGCUGGCCGCGCAAGGCAAGGACCACGGCGUGGAGGACUUCUCCGUUAGCCAGACCACGCUGGAGGAGGUGUUCCUGUAUUUCUCCAAAGACCAAGGGGAAGAGGAGAAGGGCAGCCAGCGGGACAUUGGAGCUGGGGAGGUUUCCACACCGGGCCGGCAGCACCCUAAACGUAUCAGCCGAUUUCUGGAAGACCCCAGCUCUGUGGAGACCAUGCUCUGAGCACGCCUGCCUUGGGCCCUGGAAGAAAUAAAGAGAGACAAGAAGAGCGAGGCA